AUGGCUGCCGUCGAAGGUCCGGCUCCCCCAGCAGAGCCCGCCCCGGGCCUCCCAGACUACGUCCUCGAUCCCAACGCGGUGUUGAAAGACACUGAGGUCAAAUGGCGAUAUGGAAGGGCCCCCGACUACUCGAAGACUAGAACCGUCUUUGAAGAGACCAAGAAGAUGAGCCACGAGGCUGGCAGCCUUCCCGAUCUUGUCGAGAACCUUGUCAAGAACUGGGAGAUCGAAGCCUCGUUCAAGCCUGAGCUGGCAGACUGGCGAACCGUCGAUCACGACAACUACACCUUCGCCAUCAAUGGCGGCCCACCUCAAUCCGCAGAGCACAUGCUCAAGGUCGGCACGUACAAUGCAAUCAUCGCGCCGAACGAGUACUACAGCCCGGAGAACUCCGACUUCGCUUCGAGUCACAAAACCUUCAAGCGCAUGAUGCCCACUUUUGCGUGGGAAGUGAUUGAGGUCUACAGCGGUCCGCCGGUUGUGGCGUUCAAGUGGCGUCACUGGGGCACUAUGAAGAACGACUACGUAGGGUUCAACGACAAAGGGGAGAAGGUCACAGCCAAAGCCCAUGGCGGUUCAAUCGACAUUGAAGGCGUCACUAUCGCCCAAGUCAACGACAAGCUCCAAGUCCAGAAGCUCGAGACCUGGUUCGACCCUCUCGAGAUGUUCCGACAAAUUGCGCCGCACGGCGUUGUUAACAAGGAGCCUACUACCAAGAAGGUUGAUGUUGCGCCCAAGUUGGUUGACACUGCGCCCAAGCCUGAGGACGCUGAAACCACCGCGAGAAAGCCGGAGGACACUCAAGAGACUCUCAGCGGCCCCGAGCCAGUCCCGUUCACGCCGAAGAUAGCUUCUGUCGAAGGAAACAAAGUCCAUACCGAAGAGCAAGUGCGUGAUGCGCCACAGCCGCAAGAGGAUGACGCCGAGGCUGCAGCCGACGAGUUCGUUGAUGCGCAGGAGCACGACGCGACCUCUACUAGAACCGAAGCUAAGCCCGCUCCCACGACCGAAGACGCUUCCACCGACGGCAAGGCCUUGCCCAUCCGAUCCCGCUCGAACACUGGUUCCGAGCAGAGCUGGACCAAGGUCUCAUCCGAAGAUCUCCCGCAGCAGACCGCCAUCAAUUCGUCAAGCGUCAACGGCAAUGUCGAGACCCUUCCAGAAGUGCGGACGGGUAACGAGCAGGCUACAGCCCACGUCGACAGCAUCGACAAGUUCCUCGAGCGCCCGGCUGACAUCGUUCACCCUCAUCCUCAUGAUAUGGAGAAAGCCGUUCAGCCCGAAGCUGGCGAGGCUGUUGCCGCUGCUCCCAGCAGCGAGGAGGUCAAGAAGACCCACGAGGAGAUGAGCAGGAUCACUCCCAUGGAGUGCCCGUUCCUCAUGAACCGGGAGUGA